CGCAUCCACUCGCCACUUGCUACUUGUUACUUGCUACAUUAAAACGUGAGUGUAUGUCGCGCGUGUUUUGUUUUUAUUCUCCGGCUUAGUUUUAUUUUUAAGUCGGUGCGCGAGGUGUGCGCAUCACACACGCCAACUCAACCCUGCUUAAGUUAAGUCAAGUGAAGUUCUGUUUCUAUUUUAUCAUCAGUGGACUGAAAAUAUAGUGUAUCGAUAUAAAAUCGCAAAAAUAUAAAGAUGCGGUUUUGUGUGAUACUCCUCUUCCUCUGUGCAUGGAUACCUCAAUGGUCUAAACAACAAGGACUCCUCGAAGGAUUAGUCAACACAUUAUUCUACGGGCAGUAUCAAUACGCGCAGGAAUCAAAAACUAAUAAACUACGUCCGGUUUAUGAUUUUAUUGUGGUUGGGGCUGGGACUGCAGGAUGCGUGGUAGCAAACAGAUUAUCAGAGAAUCCAGAAUGGAAUGUUCUCCUUAUAGAAGCUGGAGACAGAGAAAAUUACAUGAUGGAUUUCCCUCUCCUAGCCAAUUACCUCCAGUUCUCCUCAGCAAACUGGAAAUACCGUACAAUGCCAAGUGAAAAAUACUGCGUGGGCCUAGACAACAACCAAUGCAACUGGCCCAGAGGCAAAGUAAUGGGCGGCUCCUCAGUCCUCAACUACAUGAUCUUCACCAGAGGCAACCGUCGUGAUUUCGACCACUGGGCCGAACUAGGUAACACCGGCUGGUCAUACAAAGACGUCCUACCCUUCUUCAUCAAAAUGGAAAACUUCAGCAUCAACACCCCCUAUGACCCUCAAUACCACGGCAGCGAUGGUUACCUCUCAGUAAAAUACCCACCAUACCGGACAAAACUAGCAGAAGCAAUCGUAGAAGCCAACAUACAAAUGGGUAUACCCUAUGUGGACUACAACGGCAAGACCCAAACCGGCGUAUCCUAUCUCCAAAGCACCUUGAAGGAUGGUCUUCGUCAUAGCAGCAACAAAGCAUAUAUCCUACCAUUUAGACACAGGAAAAACUUACAUGUAGCAAGUAUGACCAUGGUAAAACGUAUCUUAAUAGACCCAAACACAAAAACAGCCCAAGGAGUAGAAAUAGUCCAAAAUGGAAGAGUAAUGACCAUCAAAGCAUCCAAAGAAGUAAUAGUAUCAGGAGGAUCAAUCAACUCCCCACAACUAUUAAUGUUAUCAGGAGUAGGUCCCAGGAAACACCUAAUGUCCCUAAACAUCCCCGUGAUACAAAACCUCAAAGUGGGAUUCAACCUCAUGGACCACAUAGCUCUGGGUGGAUUGACCUUCACAAUGGAAGCACCUUACACCAUGACCCUAGACAAAGCAAUUGAAUACCAAAACCUUCAGAGUUACCUCAACUACCAUACUGGUCCCAUAGCAAUGCCAGGAGGUUGUGAAGCUUUAACCUUUUAUGACCUGAGUGAUCCUAAAAACCCAGAUGGAUAUCCUGACAUGGAACUGUUAUAUACAGCAGGAUCAGUUGUUUCAGACCCUUUAUUGAGGAAAGACUUUGGAAUACAAGACUCUAUCUAUAACAAAGCUUACAAACAGAUUGAAAACAAAAACUCCUUCAUGAUCAUGCCCAUGUUGUUGAGACCCAAAUCCAGGGGAAGGAUUAUGUUGGCUUCGAACAACUACAAGGUCAAACCAAUGUUAUUCCCGAAUUACUACGCGGUGGAAGAUGAUAUGCGGGUGAUGGUCGCAGGUGCACGGCUUGCAAUCAACGUGACACGACAGAAAGCCCUUACUGACUUAGGAGUUGAGCUUUAUCAUGUUCCUCUUGAGGGUUGUAAGGAACACCAGGAUGGUUCCGAUGAAUAUUUCGCAUGUAUGGCUAGGCAUUUCACAUUUACGAUUUAUCAUCUAAGUGGGACUUGUAAGAUGGGUCCGGCGAGUGAUAAGAGAGCUGUGGUGGAUCCUAGGUUAAGAGUGCAUGGUGUUAAGGGUCUGAGGGUUAUAGAUGCGUCGAUUAUGCCUGAGGUGAUUGCCGGGCAUACAAAUGCGCCGACUUAUAUGAUUGGUGAGAAGGGUGCGGAUAUGAUCAAAGAAGAUUGGGGUUUUAGACAGUGAUAAUGAUAUUUUGAAGAAGUAAUAAAUAAAUAUUAUUAUUAACAAAUGAGGGACCUUAAAGAAGCCAUUUUAACAAAUUAAUUACUGUAGGUAAAUUUAAUUAACUAGAUAAUAAUAAAAUGUUUUAAGUAUGAGUUUAUUUGUUUAUUUGUGUGUUGCUUGAUUAUGAUGAUGAAAUUUUUGAAUGUUCAAAGGGCUGUGAAUCCGGAACAACUUGCAAUUUAUUUAAUUUAAUUAAUGUAAUUGUAAUGCGUAGUUUGUAGUUGAUGAUAAUAAAUGUAUUAUUAAUAUUAAUGUUGGUAAAAAAAGUGAAUAAAAAUUUUAAGAAUUG